UCUGUGAUGAAGACUGGGAGGUUGUUAAUAGCGCAUGAGGCUACUUUAACAGGAGGAUUUGGAGCCGAAAUAAGUAGAACUGUACAGGAACAGUGCUUCUUGUCACUUGAGGCUCCCAUCCAGCGAGUGUGUGGCUGGGACACACCCUUCCCUCACAUAUUUGAGCCAUUUUACCUUCCAGACAAGUGGAGAUGUUUGGAGGCCCUAAAAAAAAUCACCAGCUAUUAGGAAUUAGCUUGUUUUCAUAUAUUAUGAAAGCUCAACAAAAGAUAUUUUGUUGAUUCGUAAAUUAUUACAAAUAAUCUUGUUGAAAGUUAUCACACACAGAUCUCUGUAUUGCACUUUUAUGACUUGAAUUUCAAAUUUGCUUCAAAAUGAAGGACACUUUCUCACAUACAGCACAUGUUUUUCAUGUACAGGUUGGUUUUGAGGAAUUGAUCAAACAUCUUUGUCUAGUUAUUCCCUAAAAGUAGUAUUUAAAUUUUGUUAAGAUAUUUAAAUGUAGGAAAUUGUUUUAUAAUUUUUACUAAAGUAUACACCUAGAAAAUGUGCUUCUGAUGGAAUAGAUAGUUGAUGAUAGUAGCAGGGAUUUCUCGAAAAUUUCAGCUCAUAACUCAAAGCUUAAGAGGGCAAACUAGAUGAAAAAUAUUAUAUCCAGAAUAACCAAACUAUUUAGUACAAACUUGAAAAUUUUAUAUUUUUUGACAAUCAGUGACAGACAAGAAAUAAAAGGAAUUUUAAAUGUC